AUGGGGAAACCAAAAAAUCAACCUCGUAUCAAAGGAAAUGUACAACCAGCUAGCAGCAGUCGUGCUGCUGAAAUUAUUGCAACGGGUGGAUCUCAAGUUCCCGCAGGAAAUCUGGGAGGUUUUGCCCAAUUCUUAGGUGGAACACCUUUUUCGGCGUCAACUGAUACUACAGUUGAUAAGUUGACCGAU